UUUGAAAGUUGGAAGGCGGAUGGAAUGAACUUGGCGCUUCUCGAUGUGUAGUAAAGUUGAUAAUUGCUCCUCAAAGUUGGAAAGUAUUGAUGGUGAACUGUCAAAGAUAGAAGAAAAAUUAGCAAACUUUGACGAAUGCAGAAAAAGAACGUUUAGUUUACUAGAAUCACAACUAGAAUCUCUUCAAUCUGUACUUCAAAAUGCUGAUAGUGAUACGGAUAUCAAGCAACACACCAGUUUAAUUGUAUCAACUGUAAAGUCGAAAUUGUCAGAUUACAUAAAAGCCCACCGUGAUAUUCACCUUCCCAUUUCGAAAUUCGGAAAACUUGUAGACAAGAGUUUUGUUGACGAACUUUCUCAUCUUACUACCUAUUUUACAAAUCACGAGAAGAAAGAAUCUAAAACCACCAAAUCUAUAACAAAACCUGUAUUAAAAGCAUCAUCGCUAUACAAAGAUUCUCUGUCAUCUAAAUCUCCUGAUGAUCUCUUACGGUUAGUUAUCAUCGAACACUUACUUCGUGAAGGCCACGAAUCUCUGGCCGUUGACCUAAUGCAUAAUUUCGGUUUUACUCAGGAAGAUAUAGGAUUAGAAAAGUUUAAGGAGCUAAGUGAUCUGGUUUCAUCUACACAACGAGGAGAGCUAGAUCCAGCGAGAAAAUGGUUAUCAAAUAAUCGAGUGGAACUUGGAUGUAAAGCAAAGCAGUUAGAAUAUUGUCUAGCCAAACUUGAUUUUUUGUCUACAAUACAAAAAGAACCUGUGGAUCCAGCUGCUGUGAUUCAAAGUGCUCGUCAGCUGGUUCCUUUUGCAUCUGAUUACUCUUCAGAUUUUGAACAUCUUAUGGGGAGUCUUGUUUUUAUUGGACGUAGUCUUGAGGAUACUCCGUAUGCUGACCUGGCCUUGCCAACCAGCCCCACAAAAAUGUCUUCUGAAAGCUCCCAAGUAAACAAAACUUCUGAAGAUGUUUUUAUGAUAGAUGGUGAAUAUUCUCUCUCAGUGUCACCUGUAACAACUAAACACAAAACAGAUGGUAGCAAUGCUUUGACAGAAGCAGCAGAUUUGUUUAAGGCUUCAUGUUGUUAUCAUUUAAAUUUAUCAGACACUGACCCUCUACUCACUGCAUUUUCCUCCGGAUGUCGUGUACUUACUCGGCUCCAUUCGUUACAACGUGCAAUCGCUUGCCUCAGUAAAUACAGUUCGUUGGAUGGUGACAUGUUACCAAUUGCUGUUAAACUGGAUCCCAGCGCACACCGCCAUAAUAUCUUCCACUGUCCUGUUAUCAAAGAAGUGAUCUCUGAGUCGAAUGAUGGCGCUAUUGGAGGUGGCCCUGUACGCUUAACGUGUGGUCAUGCGAUAUCACGAGAUGCAUUCAACUCUUUGGCUAGUGGAGAUAGAAGUCGAAUGAAAUGUCCUUACUGUCCUGUGGAGACGUUUAAAAACCAAGUAUUGGAUCUGAUAUUCUAAAGAAAAAAUCAUCAACAUUUUGUGUGUAUAGAUUUAUGUACGCUCACACCAUGGUGGUGUAUCGUAUGUAUUAUAUAUACUAUAACAAACUCAACAUCUCAUAUAUUGAUACAAACGAAGCUGUAUUGUGAUAUGCUGACAUAGAAUACCACUCAGAUAUUGCCUGUUGUAUUAUUAAACUGUACGCUGUCUUCCUGUCAUCCACCUCCCAUUAAAGUUUUUACUUGACUAUUGCAAAAAUAGAAAUAAUUAACUGAUUAGAUCUAUUUGGUAGUUACACGUAUUGUUUUCUUUUCUGAUUAUUUCAUUUAGUCAUAUAGACAAACUAUUGUGUACAAGUAUUAGUUUAUUUCUCCCGCCGUAUCGUAAUUGUGGGAGGCACUCCACGUCUACAUAUAUAUAAUUUAUGUUUUGUCAUUUUAACACUAGCUUAUUGUCAUCGUUGUUCUUUUUAUCAUUAUCUUAUUUUUUGCAUUGAGUUCAAUAUAUUCUACUGCCUAAAUACAACUGUUAAAGUAUAAACUUAUAUAUUCUUCAUAUAUAUCAUGAUUCUUAAAUGGGCUAGGUUUACAUUUUACACUGGGUACAGUUUUAUAUAACUGGUUUUUGGAAGAAAGUGUGCCUGUAAUUAAUGAAUAACGUGUUUGCCAUAACGCCCUGAUAUUGGUACUGAGUUCAAUUAAGUUUACGAAUGAACUGUUUCUUUUUUCUAAAAACAAAAUUGUCAUAUAACUCAGUGACUCAUCUAAUUUGUUUAUGAUGUUAAAGUUAAGCGAAUUUAUCUUUUUCGUCAAUAAAUGUUCAUAUCGUUAUG